AUGGAUAGCUUUCCAAAUGAGCAUGCAGGUGCGCUGCACAGCAUGCAGGAGAAAAGUCCCGAAACUGCGAGGGCCCGGGAGUAUCUCUACAACGGAGAAACUGUUUGGGUAGAAGGUUUGUUUGACGGAAUAAAGGUGUCUACGUACAGCAUCGGCCUGCACGAGAAAAGCCCAGAAAAGGGCAAAGAGUGCUGUUCAGCCAGCACAAGCGCUGGAGAGUGCACAGACAGCGUUGGCCCGAGCUCUUCCGAAUGCACAGAGCCUGGGCUUUUAUCGUGCGAGUAUAUUGGCGGAAGCAGGGCUUAUUACAUCUCUUCGGCCUCCCAGGCAGUGCGCUUUGACUACCUGGAAUUUCUGCGAAAGCCUGAGUGCCCUGAAAAAUACUGCAUCUCCAACGUAAUCAACAGCACUGAAGAAGUAGUUCUUAAAAGCGAGACCUUUAGCGUGGUGCCGCCCUUCCAGAUAGUUGAAAGAAUCCAAGGAAACUACAUAUAUGCAACUCUGGUGCCCGACAGAUUUCUCUCCCCGGAGGCGCGCUCUACGUCUGUUGUCUCAGUAAACGGAGUGCGGAUGAAAUACGAUGGCAGCUCAUACAAGGCAAAACUCCUGCAAAUCCGCGACUGGAGCACUCCCCUGCACAUCUCUGUGGACUUUGGGCAGAUCCAGUAUUCCCGCCCUUCCUCCAUACAUCUCCCCAGCGAGUUCAUGUACUCUAUUGGCAUUAAACAGAUUGGCAACCAGCAUUUUGCAAAACUGGUUCUUUCCAGGACAACAGCGUCCUCGUAUGAAAUUUUGAUUCUGAACCCGCUCAUCAGCCAAGACCCGAGUGUGCGGUCGCCUGUGCUGCACAAUGCUGGCUCUAACACUUCUGUGGUUAAGAUUUCUCCCGAGGUCUCGGUUGAUAUUUCUGCUUUGGAUCUGAUGGUGGGCGCAGCAUCCUCUGACAUCACAAUAGAGUCUCCGGACGCAGUCACAGAAAUACUUUUCAAGCUGGAGAAAAGACCCCCUGCGCGGCAGCAAUACCUGCUUGCCAUGCAAGUAAACAGCUACCCCAUUGAAUUCUGCGUAAAAAUGUAA